AUGAUGAAAGUAGCAGCGAUGAAUUAUCAUCAAAAUCAACAUAUUAAGAAGAAGAAGAUUUCAAGUGAAGAUUCAACUGAUGAUGAAUCUUCAUUUUCAAAUUCAGAUAAAGGGUUUUCAACAAGAAGUUCGAGUUCUUCGUCGAGUGGAGACAAUAGCGAUUCAAGUAGAGAGAAGAUUCUAUUAAUCAUCACGAUAAUGCUGGCAAUAGAUUCUUCCGAGGAAUCAUCUGACGAAAGUAAAGUUCGUGAGAGAAAUGAAAUUUAUUCGAAUGAUGAGAUCCAUUUACUAGAGAAGAAACGAGAUUUCAGUGCAGUUGGAUCAAUGAGUGGUAAGUGUAGUAAGUCGGAGAAUGAAGAAAAUAGUGGUAUUAAAGAUAAAUCAUCGAUUAAAAAGAAUUCGAAAUGCAUUUAUCAAGAUCUUAAUAGAUAA